AUGGAGGACCUCAUCUCAGAGCUACAGGGCUUCACGCCGCGCGCCUCAACCUCGCAGGCGCCCACGUUCGCCCUCGACCCCGCUCUCGCCGGACCCGGACCUUCGUCCUCGGCUGCUCGCGCUCGCAGGUCGCAGGGAAGCGCGUACUGGGACGAGGAGGACGAGGACUUGUACGGCGACGACUCGGACGAGACAGGCGAGAGCGAGGACGAGACGGACGCCGAGGAGGAAUACGCCGCAGCGACACAACAGCAGGCGACAGGCGUCAAGCGUGCAAGACAGAGCCAGGGCGGCUUGCUCGCAGAUGAUGGAACGGUUGUGACGCCGUCGGGCAGUGCGAAGGGGAAGGGAAAGGCGACGGACCAGGACCUCUUCGCCCUCGACGGCGAGGAAGGCGGGGACGAGGAACUUGGUCGCCUGAUCAGCGCUAUUCGCAACUCAAAUUCGACCGGUGUAGGCGGAGCAACUGCCCUCGACCGCGAGUUCGACCGCUCAAUCGCCGACGAGCUCGACGCCUUCGACCCCGACUUGAUGGAGGACUUGACGGUUGGCGUCAAAGGUCGUCGCAGGAAGCGCAAGGGCAAGACCGCCGGCCGCCGCGCCGCAGGCGAUAUCGAACCGUCUCCCGAAGUCAAGCGCCUUCUCGGCCAGGCGAAUUCCGCUUACGCUGAGGGACGCCUGCAAGAGGCAAUCGAGCUUCUCAGCGAAGUCGUCCGCAUCGACCCCAUUAUCCGCGUCUCGUGGUACACACUUGCGACGAUCUACGAGGAGCUGGGCGAGAGAGAGAAGGCGGUCCAGUGCAAGAUUGUUGCCACGCAUCUGCUUGGCAAAAAGGAGGCCAGUAGCGAAUGGGGUGACCUCGGACGAGAAUGCCGCGACGUCGGCCUGCUUCACCAAGCCAUCUACUGUUUCACGCAGGCGAUCAAGGUGAACAAGGACGACGUCGAUGCGAUGUGGGAUCGAGCCACCUUGCUGAAGUUGUCUGGCGCGACCAACAUGGCCAUCAAAGCCUUCUUCGCGCUCCUCACCCUCCUUCCGCACGACCCGGGUGUCCUGCGCGAACUCGCCCCCAUGCUCGCCUCGACGCAUCAAUUCGCGAAAGCGUCGUCUAUCCUCCUUUCCGCCUUUGCCUACUACCGCUCGCUCGUCCCGCACGUCAAUCGCGACACGGUCGGCUACCUCGCGACUUACGGGUAUAGCGACCUCGAAACGCUUGCCGACUUCCUGAACGUCCAGCGCAACUGGGCCGAGUCGGUGCGCGUGAUCCGACAGGGCGUGAGGUGGCUGCAGGGUCGGGAGAGCGAGACGGGCUGGGACACGCUUGAGGACGACCGCGAGUACGACGAGGAACGGAAGAUUCGCGGUGGGUGGGAGAAGGGCAACACGUGGUUCGAGGAUGAGCCGACAUACGAGCUGGAUGUCCGCUUGAGGAGCAGGCUGGGACUGGCGAGGCUUGGGAUGGGCUGGGUCGAGGAGGCAGCCCGACACUUCGACAUCGUCCUCGCCGAGGAUGUUGCGCAGUUUCCCGAGCUGUUCGGCGCCAUCGGCGAAGCCUACUACGAGCGCAAGAUGUACAACGAGGCGAUCGACGUCUACAUGCUGAUGGCCGAGAACGAAGAGACGAACGGUCCGGCGGUCUGGCUGAAGGUCGGACAGUGCCGUCAGGCGAUGGGCGAUUUCGAGGAGGCCCGCGACUGCUUCGAAAACAUCGUCGAGGAGGAGCCUGGGAACGCCGAGGCCAAGCUUGCGCUCGCCAAGUGCCUUGAGCAGCUCGGCGACCCGUCGCGCGCUCUCACGCUUAUCAAAGAAGUCAUCGCCAGCCGGGGAGAACGCGCCGACUCGUCCACGACGGAAGGCGCCCGCAAGCGUCGCGUCCACCGCACCAAGGAGGAGCGUGCAGCGCAGAAGAGCGACCGCGAAGCAAUCGAGCGGGAGCGUAACGCCGAGUUCACGAUGGCUUUCCUGCGCCUUCAGGAGCUGGAAGGGGCUAUCGAGGCGGGCGACGAUGAGGCGAUGAACCAGUGGCUCGAGAUCGCGACGGGUCUCGUCGACUCGUUCCGCAGUACAAAGCAGCUGUUCCCGUCUGACCCGCGCAAACGCUUCACGGGCAUGAUCAGGACGCACAGGAGGAAGGGCAAGCGGGAUCUCGAGGCGGAGGCGGACCAGCUGGCAGACCGGCUGCAGCGCUCUAUCAUCGCCGAAGAGGACAACGAGGUGGAAGAGACGAGUUUCCGCGGUCUCGACUUUGACGGCUGGGUCGACUUCAUCCUGCGCUACUGCUUCAUGCUCGCCAGGACCGACGACAUCGAGCUCGCCGCAGAGGUCCUGCUUCAUGUCCGCGAGGCUGGCGUCUUCCGCCAGUCCGAGACCCGCCAGGAGUCGCUGCGUCUGGGUCUCAUCGCCUGUUACGCCCACGCCGGCAUGCACGAACAAGCGGCGCAAGAGCUUCGCUACUUUUUCCACGGCCAGCCGUUCAGCAAUGAGCCGGUCCGCCUCCUUCUCAUGCUCCUCUCAAAGGGCGAGUCCGCCAUCGAGGCGUUCAACCUGCCGAAGCAGCAGAAGUUCUUCAUCCGUCAGCUCAAGGGCGUCCAGCUUGCCGCAACCGGCGACCAAGGCCAGGACGAAGACGGUGCUGCAGGACGGGCUAGCAGUCCCGUCGCCGCGAAGAAGCCGACAAGAAAGGGCAAGGAUAAGGAGCGCGCUGUUGAACCUCCUGCGGCGGAAGACGAACAGGCUGCCGACGAGGUCGGCGAGGACGAGCGGCCGGUGGGCCAGGCCAGCAGCGCCUUCACGCCCACGAAGCUCAACCCCGUCUUCUUGACGACCUACGGGUUGAUGAUGAACGUCUCACAGUCUCACCAGCCGGCUAUCAUCUACCUACUCCGCGCCUACAAGCUCGACGACAAGCAGCCCCUCGUCAACCUCGCUCUCGCCGCAGCUUACCUCCAGCGUGCCAUGGGUCGCAAGACGGACAACAGGCAGCAUCAGAUCGCUCAGGCCUUCGCCUUCCUUCAGCAGUACCGCAAGCUUCGCGGUAGCUGCCAGGAGGCCGACUUCAACCUUGCGCGAGCUUUCCAUCACCUCGGCAUGCACGCGCACGCGGUCAAGCACUACCAGAAGCUGCUCGAAUCGGCGGCUGCGCAGGCGGAGCAAGGGAUGGCGAUCGACGGAGGGAACGACGCGAACACGGGCAAAAGCCAGAAGGAAGACCUCGUCAAAGUCGCCGCAUACAACCUCGUCACGCUGUACGCCAUGGCCAACGCGCCGGAACUCGCGAGGAUCGUCGCGCAGAAGUGGUUGGCUGUGUGA